UUUACUCACGUCUCUCUCCCUCUCUCGCUUCUUCUCUCUUCAUUAUAGGGUUUGCUUUUUCUCUCACCUCCCCUCUUUCUUGGUCUAUGUCUAUUCCCUCGAAGACUUGAAACUUUUCUUCCCGGAAGUUCCUGUAAUCGUCUUGUUAGGGUUUCGGAACCGGUGCUACGAAUCUUGCAUUGCUGGAUUUGAUUGCCAAUUCUUGAGUUCCCCAGUUGGCUGUCUACCUCAUUCGGAAGGAGCUUCGCUUCUAUUAUGAACCUGGCGGAGGAGUUACUGUGAACAGUGAUGAGCUUCCAUGCUUCUUGAUUAUCUAGGGGAGUAAUGUGCUGAGUUAUGGAGCUCAAGGCUUCAGCUCAAAAAGCUGCUGAGAUUGCAAUUGGAUCUAUUGGGCGUGGAUAUGACAUCUGCAAUGAUCUGAGACUUAAGUACUGCAAAGGAGACCCCAAAAAUUCACUUCUAAUCGAGAUAGAUGAAGAUGAUGGAAGAGAAGUGGUCCUACCCGAUGGGGUGUCUAUUCCACAUGUUUCAAAAUCAAUAAAAUAUGAUAAAGGGGAACGCACUAGGUUCAGGUCUGACGUUCUUUCUUUUCAACAGAUGUCAGAGCAGUUCAAUCAGGAACUAUCUUUGACAGGUAAAAUUCCCUCUGGCCACUUCAAUGCCAUGUUUGAAUUCUCUGGAAGUUGGCAGAAAGAUGCAGCCCAUACCAAGACCCUUGCUUUUGAUGGGGUAUUUAUUACUCUUUACACUGUUGCAUUAGAGAAAUCUCAGAUGGUACUCCGUGAUCAUGUCAAAAAUGCUGUACCAUCAUCAUGGGAUCCACCUGCAUUAGCAAGGUUUAUUGAGACCUUUGGAACACAUAUCAUUGUUGGUUUGAAGAUGGGUGGAAAGGAUGUAAUCUAUUUAAAGCAGCAGCAUUCAUCAACUCUUCAACCUGUUGACGUUCAGAAAAAAUUGAAGGAGAUAGCAGAUAAGAGAUUUUUAGAUGCCAAUGGACAAUACAACAUUGCUUCUGAUCAAGUUUACCCAAAUGACAAGUUUGGGAUCAAGGAGCUGAGGUUUGCUAAUAUUAGUCCAUCGAGUUCUUAUUCUCAUAAGGAGGAUAUUGUAAGCAUCUGCAAGAGGAGGGGUGGAAAAGAUGGCAGAAGCUUAUCCCAUAAUGGGUGGUUACAGACUGUUCAGUCGGAACCUGAUGUAAUCUUAAUGUCUUUCAUACCUAUUACAUCUCUUCUUAAUGGAGUGCCGGGGAGUGGAUUCUUGAGCCAUGCCAUAAAUCUUUAUUUACGAUAUAAACCGCCAAUUGAGGAGCUCCACCAGUUCUUGGAAUUCCAGCUGCCAAGACAAUGGGCACCUGUAUUCAGCGAACUACCUCUUGGUCCACAGCGGAAACAACAAAGUUCUGCAUCUUUGCAGUUUAGUUUAAUGGGGCCCAAGCUUUAUGUAAACACCACAAAGGUUGAUGUUGGUAAGAGGCCAGUGACUGGUCUCCGUCUGUAUCUUGAAGGUAAAAAAAGCAACCGCUUAGCCAUCCACUUGCAGCAUCUUUCAUCUCUUCCAAAAGCAUUUCAGCUUGAAGAUGAUCCAAAUGGAAACUUUAGACGGGAGCACUAUGACCGAAAAUUUUAUGAGAAAGUUCAAUGGAAGAAUUUCUCUCAUGUGUGCACUGCUCCUGUGGAAUCGGAGGAGGAUCUUUCAAUUGUCACCGGAGCACAAUUACAAGUUGAGAAUUAUGGUAUAAAAAAUGUUCUCUUUCUAAGACUCCGAUUUUCCACCGUGUUGGGAGUUGCCUUAGUAAAGCAUCCUGAGUGGGAUGGAUCUCCAGGGCUGGCAGCCAAGUCAGGACUCAUAUCUACACUGAUCAGCCAACACUUCACAGCGACAUUUCAGAAGCCACCUCCACGUCCUGCAGAUGUUAAUAUAAACUCUGCUGUUUACCCAGGUGGCCCUCCUGUUCCUGUUCAAGCUCCUAAGCUUCUUAAGUUUGUCGACACAACCGAGAUGACCCGAGGACCACAAGAGACUCCCGGCUAUUGGGUUGUCUCUGGAGCAAGACUUGCUGUUGAGAAGGGCAAAAUCUCUCUGCGAGUUAAGUAUUCAUUGUUGACUUUAAUACCAGAUGAAGAGAUUGAUGAUAAUUAGAUGGCUAUACUUCCUGGUAUAUCCUUUGGUAGAAUGCUAGUGGUAUUGGGCUAAAGAUGCUCGGUUGGAGAAAGAGGGGGCCAUGUUUGUGAGAAAAUUAAUGUCAGUACUCAGUCUGGUAUAUAGAAGGAAAGCUCUUGUAAUCAGAGGAAUUUGAAGAUAAUCAAGAAAGAUGACGAUGGGAAGGACGGAACGGUGGGAAUAUUUUUUUUCUUUUUUUCUUUUCAUUUCUUUUCCUUUUCUUAGAUGGUGGCUAAUUCUCUACGGGUUUAGAUGUCUUCAUAUACGCUUUGAAUUUUCCUGCAACUUCUUCCUUUCUGAGUCAUGCGUUAAAUAUAAAGUUUAAGCAUUUACAGUCCAGCUGCAGAAUGACUUGUUUAGAAGCGACUCUCAGUUUGGUGGGUGGUUCUAUGAAUUCAUCUUGUUUGGAGUCCAGGUGGGUGACACGAUGUAUCUGACAAAAAUCGUGUAAACUGAUACAGUAACAUUCAAAAUGCUGUCACAGAUAGUGAAACAUUGUCAAAUCACAUAUAAUGAUACAUCAAUAUAUUGUUUUGAAA